AUGGCAAAAUCUGCCAAACGAAAUGCAAAGGCCAAGUCGACGCCCUCACCGUCUACCUCCUCCGGGUCCUCGACGCCGAGCUCACGGUCCAGCGCCGCCGGCCCCCUCCCGCCCUUUGUCAAGGCAUCCGCCAGCCUAGAGCCGUUCCUAGCACCGCUAUCGACGAGCGAAGUGUACCUCGUGCAUAUUGACGGGACGUCUCCCGAUGUGAAGAAGCAGACGUUCAGUACGUCGGUGGUGCUGAACGUCGUGAUCAUCGCUAUAAUCACACUGCGGGUGUACAUGGGUCUUUACACAUACCCGGACAUGCUGGCCUCGUUGUUUGGACAGGCGGCGGCGGUGGACACAGCCACCAGCUCAUGGGGGGAGCUGGUGUGGAUCAUCCUGAAGCGGACCGGCACGAUACUGCUCGACUACUGCAUCGUGGUGCUCUUCGCGUCCUGGCCGGUCGAGUUCGUGCGCGGACCGGUCUACUGCCGGCGUACGAUCGGCUUCCGGGAGCACGAGGUGAUCGUGCGGCGCAGCAAGCCAAGCUGGAGUGCCAAGCUGGAGCGCAACCGGUGGAUUCGCGACGACGAGGCGACCCGCGAUCGGAUUGUCGCGGCGGUGACCCCCGACCGCAUCGCGAAGACGGGCCACCUGCUCAGCGACGCAGAUUGGGACCUCGACUACGACGCCAUGUUGCGCGCGCAUGUCCUCGUCGACGCAACCCGCAAGGGUGAAGGCGUGCCCCUCGACGAAUUCCGCACUGCCGUCCUCGUCCACACCGACGCCGACGGCUGGCUCAUCUGGCACGUCGGCGACCAGGACACCACCGCCGCCGGCCGAACCCGCUCCACCCAGCGCGACCAGAUCCUCGCCUUCCGCGACAAGCUCGUUGCCAUGGGCAAGGAAGACCUCUUCUUCCGCUGGGUCGAGCUCAUCCAGUACGAGAGUACCCAGCCCGGCGGCUUUACGCCGGACCGCCAGCGCGCCGCCAUGCUUCAGGCCAAGAAGCUCUUCGAAGACGCCAACGUCGACUUUGCGCGCUUCUGGCAGGAUGUAGGCGGCAUGGAAGGCAUUCCUGAGCUAGACUGA